AUGUCCAACGUACCCAUAGCCCUCGUAACCGGCGCAAACGCAGGCCUCGGGAGAGCCAUCGCCGAGAUCCUCGCAACACAGCACUCCUACCACGUCAUAAUCGGCUCCCGAGACAUCCAAAAAGGUCAAGAAACCGAAACCUCGCUCAGAGCAAAGGGACUCUCCGUCUCCACAGUCCAGCUCGACCUCAUAUCCGACGACUCGAUCCACGCCGCAGUCUCAGAGAUCACCAAACAGAACGGAAGACUCGACGUGCUCGUAAACAACGCCGCAGUCCAUCUCGAGAUCGGACCCUCGGACCUCUCCCUCCGAGACCGCUUCCGCUCGACCUUCGAAACCAACGUCUUCGGCACGGCUGUUCUCACAGAAGCCUGCGUGCCGCUGCUGCGCCAGGCCGAGAGUCCCAGGGUCGUUUUUGUUGGCUCGGCUAGUGGUUCGAUGACGCGGUCCUUGGAUAAGGAGUUUAGCUUCUACGGGGCGGAGUUUGCUGCGUAUAAGGCGAGUAAGGCUGCGAUGAAUAACCUUUCGAUGAGGUAUGUGGUGAAGCUGGAGGAUGUUGGGGGCAUGGUCAACGUGGUUUGUCCGGGCUUGGUGAAGACUAAGAUGGUGAACUUCACCUCGUCUGGGGUUGAGCCUGAGGUGGCGGCGUUGAAGGUGGUUGAGAUGGCGACUUUGGAGAAGGGGGGACCUACGGGUACGUUUGUGGAUGCGAACGGUGAAGUGCCUUGGUAA